AGGAUCAGCUCCAAGCGGGAAGCUUUCAGAGGCACAAGUCACUCAUCUCUCCUCAUUAGAGGGCCCGGUAACAGGGACCAAUUAGGCCUCUCUCUUUGUGCUUUCCUGAUUCCUCUAGUCCGUAGGCGAAGCCUGAACCCUGAACUCGCGUCCAAAGAAGAGGGGAAGCGGCGGCGGGGCCUGCGCAACAGCGUAGCCUUCCUUCUGUCCCGCCGCGCGCGCCUCGCCGCCUUGCCGUCGUAGUAAUUGCGCUCCUGCGCUCCCCACCCAGCCCAAGGGAACAUGUCGGCGUCGGAUCUUCCCGACGAGCUGUGGGCGCGCGUCCUGGAGCUGGGCGCCGCGUCGUCCGCGCUGGGGUUCCGCGACCUCUGCUGCCUCGCCAUCGCCUCCCGCCGCCUCGGACGCCUCUCGCUCCACCCCGCCCUCUGGUCGGCGCUCCUCUCCCGCGACUUCCCCUCCCAAUCCCAACCCUCCUCCUCGUCCUCCACCUCCACCUCCCAGCAGCAGCAGCAGCAGCAGCAGCAGCAGCAGCAGGUUCACCCUAAAUCCCUCUACAAAACCAAGUUCGAGAGGCACAAGGUGCGGAUCGCGGAGGCCCGGCGGCGGGCUGUGUUCGAGGCGGAGGCGCGGGUGCUUGCGUGCAGGAGGCGGUUGGCGGAGCUGGAGGAGUCGAUGCAGGCAGAGGGUGAGAGGAUGAAAGCCGCCGUGCAGGAGCUGGACAACCUUGAGAGGGUCAGGAGAGCUUCUGUGGCCCUAAAUGUAUGGCAACCACAAGUUGUUCAUGGUCGCCAGAAGCAGUUGGUUCAGCAAUGCACGGUUUCUGUCGAUUCUCGUGUUAGUGAUCUUAACAUGGAGCUGAAAGUUUGUAAGCAACAAAUAGCAACUUAUAAGAACAGUUAUAACAAGGAGAAGCACAAGCUGAAUGAUUAUGAGGAAGCAUUGAAACGAGCAAAAUAUCAUCCGCUGCAGGAUAGCCAUACAAGCGGAAUUAUCAAUGAGCCACGUGCAAAGAGAAAGAAACUGAAGUAAACCUACUGUUUGCCUUCAGGUCCUCCAUUGUCUCAAGAUAGCAACACCUGCACGGCACCAAGGGGCAAGGGCUAUGCAUCCAUCUAGGGGGAAGGUGCUGAUGUCUCGCAGAUUGGACAGCACAUCAAGCCUUCAUGCGCUCAGUUUCCUGCCCAUGUGCAAUUGUGGAUGCUGUAGGCUAUGGCCGUGGCAUUCUUCCUUGCCACUUUGCCUGGCACGAAGAUGCUACAUGACAGGAAGCACCUCCGGUGUUUCCAUGUUGCUGAAAGAAUCUCGUUCGCGCAUGUUGUUCACCGUCCGCGGGCUAGAUGAUUCCGUUGCAGACAGGGGCCGACUAUUCUAUCCCAGAAUAGUCUGGCGUUGAUGCUUAUCCCUUCACAAAGCUGUGGGCUGAAGCUUGCCGGAUUUGACCUUGAAAACUGUAACCAGCACGCAACUAUGCAUCUUGUAUGUUGCAUAUCAUCCAUACGUAGACCCUUUUUCUAUUUACCAUUCCUUGAAAAAUCAAAAGAAACCUAUCUGUAGCUCUCGCUUUAUAUGCUCUGGGGCUUAUUAGAAAAGUGAACGAAUUACUGGAUC